AGUUUAUGUGCAGAAUACAGCGAUGGUUAUGUUUGUGUUCGUAAACAGGUCGAUCAGAUGAAUAAGAUCGUGGAGGUUCUGGGGAUUCCUCCCAGCCACAUGCUAGACGCAGCUCCUAAAGCCAGGAAGUAUUUUGACAAGCUCUCGGAUGGUCUGUGGACGGUAAAGAAGAACAAGGAUGUCAAGAAGGAAUACAAGCCCCCGGCCACACGGCGUCUUCAUGAGAUUCUGGGUGUGGAGACUGGAGGUCCAGGGGGCCGGAGAGCAGGAGAGCCAGGACACGCCCCCUGUGACUACCUGAAGUUUAAAGACCUGAUCCUGCGCAUGCUGGACUAUGACCCAAAAAGCCGUAUUACACCAUUCUACGCCCUGCAGCACAAUUUCUUCAAGAAAACAACAGAUGAAGGAACCAACACCAGUUCAUCUACAUCCACCUCUCCUGCCAUGGACCACUCUCAUUCAACCUCCACUACUAGCUCUGUUUCUAGCUCUGGUGGCUCCAGUGGUUCUUCCAAUGACAACCGCAACUACCGCUACAGUAACCGCUACUACAACUCUGCUGUUACACAUUCAGACUAUGAGAUGACCAGCCCUCAGGCUCCCUCCCAGCAGCAGAUGAGGAUGUGGCCAGGCAGUGAUGGUGGAGGUGGGGGUCAGGACCCAGCGUACACCCAGUUGCUGCUCCACAAGCCGGCUGCCUCCCAACAACACCAGCGCCACUUCUUGGACCCGCCCCAUCACCCCCACCCGACCUACUCUCACCAUGGGAACGGUGGGCGUGGUCUGAGACAGGGGGGACAGACAGGCAUCGGUGGAGGGGGGGGCCAGCAAGGAUCCUCACCCCAGAUGAGUGACAGCAUGGAUGUGGGCGUGUCCCUCGGGCUGCAUCACCUGGGGGCGGUGUCUUCCAUGGAGGCCUCUCAGUUUGGCUCUGCAUCUCUGCCUCUCGCUCUGCCAAUUGGACUGUCUGCUUUCCGGACUCGGACGGCCCCGACCGCCCCUGGGCCACAAGCCCCACCCCCUGAGGACUACUACCCUUCCUCCAACAACAAUAACCCCACUGCAGGGGGCAGAGGGAGGCCGGACUCAGACGAGGGGCCAGCCAACUCUUGAUAAAACCUGAACCAUGCCCUAAAGCCAUACAAUUUUAACUACAACUACUACAACUACACACAUACAGCCAGAGUUCAGAGACAAAGAGGUGAACUUUGUGCUGAAGGGGACAGUUUGUACUGCAUGAGAGGAGGAGGAGGAAGGAGGAUGCUGGGAAAACUCCUUUUAUCCAGUUAUAGUUUGUUGUCUUUGUUGCGACUGUAAUUGGAAAGGAAUGAUUGUGACAAGUUUGUUUUUAUUAAUAUUAUUGUUGAUUAAUAUUAUUUGAUUUUUCUCGGGUUUGAGGAGUUGCGUGUUCUAUUUGGUUGUUGUUUAAGUCUGAUGAGGAGGAGGAGGAUGAAGAGGAAAGAGAGAGGAGGUAUAUUUCCCAUUUUACUCCCUAUAGUGGCUGUAAACACACACCUUUCUCUCUUUCUCUCUCUGCGUUUCUCUCUCUUUAUAAAUAUAUAUGUGUGUGUGUAUGUGUGUGUGUGUAUCUAUAUAUAUAUAGAUAUACACACACACACUUUAUAUAUGUAUGUAUCUAUAUGUAUAAAUGUGUAUAUAUGCAUACAUAUACAUACAUAUAUAAAUCAGAAGCCAUUGCUAGCCAUUACUCAGACGUAGAUCACUUGUGUGCGUGCGCGUGUGCGUGCACGUGCAUGCAUUCCGCUGCAUCGAGAAGACAGAAGCCGGUUUGACAGGGAGAAAACACCAACAUACGUGUGAUUCAGGAACCAUGGAUUCUACUUCCUGUCUGUUAAAGUCACUUUCUCGUUGAGUUUGCGUCCUCCCAUCGCUGCUCUCUGCUGCCUGGUCGUGACUGAGUAUGGAGAGCGAGAGGGAGGUGGGGGGAGGAGGAGAAGGUGACAGGACAUUGAUGCCUUGCUGACACCCUUAGGGAUCUCCUCCAUAUCAUCAUCAUCAUCAUCCUCCCUUCGUCUCUGCUCUCUUCUUCCUCUCCUCCUGCUCCUGUUGUGUUUCUCCUCCAGACAGCUCCUCCUCUCUGUGCUGCUAAUCACCAUGACAACUGGUCCGGAUUGCUGCUAAAGAUCCAACACAGAUCAAUAAAGAAAUAAAAAGAAAUAGAAACAGAAAUUUAAAAAAAAAAACUUUUUAACCCUUCUGCUUAAGAGAAAAGGAUAAAGUAAGAACCACUGCAUCUCAAUGUAUUUAUUACUAUUUAACAAGAAAAAAACAAACUGAAAGUAACCCUUUUUUCUGCUCUUCUUUGUUUGGUUGCCUUCUUUCUGCAGGUGAGCUCUGAUUGGCUAUUGUAACAGUGACAGUAACUGGUGACAUGGGAAUGCCACCGGUUGUGGGGGCUGGGUGGAGGGAAGGGUUGGGGCAAAAAUAAAGUUGGAUAUAUAAUAAGAAUAAAGAGUAUACUUUUGCACACCAAAGUCAAAUAAA